GUGAUUCCACAUUCCCGCGCCGGUUUGCGAGAGGAACCAGAAGAACAAUAUCAUGGCUGACGAUAACAAUGCGAACUAUCCUUCCGUGAAAUUGUCCGAUUAUGCUCAAUCCUUAUCACCUGAGGCCCGACAAAGAUACGUGAGUAAGCUGAGAUAUCAGGGAAACAGUAAAACCUUGCCAGAUCCCUACAAUUUGAAGACUGGAUGGGUUGACGAUCCUUCAUUGUGGCCGGACAUUUCCUUCACCGACAUUUAUUUUUACUUGAUUGACACCCCUGGGCAGUUCACCCACGACAGUUUAAGAGCUUACAAAUCUCUGAAGGCAUAUGAAUAUGUGAAGAGUGGACACGUGCUCCCUAUUUUUUAUUACGACCUGGAUUCUCCAUACUGUAUUUUGAAGACCAAAGUGAUCCCUUCCCAACAUCUAUGUGACGAGCCCCAUCAACCCUGGGUGUGUGUGAAGAAAUCGGAAGGGACUGUUUACUGUGCGCACUGUACAUGUAUAGCAGGACUUGGAGAAGUGUGCAGUCAUGUCGCAGCCCUCCUGUUCAAGGUCGAUGCGACUGUCCGAGCAGGUCUGACAUCAAAGGCCCGUACAAGUGAUGCUCGCAAGCGGAAUGCUGCUUACAUGGAGGAGCUUCAACCGAUUCCGAUGUGCGAGUUUGACUUCAGCAGCGGCCAGAAGAAGACGAACCCCAUCAAGACGACAUCUGCCACCGGAACAGCACCACUACCUGACCUGGACCGCCUGAAGGCUCUGUAUGCAGUCUGUCCCGAUGCCGUCUUCUUCAAGACUGUACCGCCCCUGGAUGAGGAGGAAACAGAUACUGCAGAGGAAGACGUAGAGACAAGCUCAUUCCCACCUCCUCUUACCAGCCUUGUGAUUGAGGACGACAUUGAUGAGGAGAACAUUAACGAACUAUGUGACCGGCAGUGGCGUUCUGUAGAGCCUCAAUAUGACUUAGAAAGAUAUAUGAGUACAAAUUGUAAACCAGUUGCCCAGUAGUCUGCCAAUAAUUAUUUUUCCUGUUUAAUUACACAUGUAAAAAAAAUUGCCCCCCCCUUUCCCCAUCCCCCAUCAAUUAAAAUAUAUAUAUAUAUAUAUGUAUAUAGAUAUAGAUAUAUAAUUAUGAAUUAAAAAUACUACAUCUUCUGAUGGGAAUGGUGAAUUUAUUAUUUCUAUUGUAUUUGCUGAACAGAGCUCUGUUACAUUCCGGGGAUGAGUGUAUUAAUUGAAGUGAUUUGCAUUUGUUCUGUCAUUUAUGUCUCUAUGGGAAAAUCAUUUUUAAAAAAACCAAUAAAACAUAUUGAAAAAAUAAAAAACAAAAAUAAUA